GCGGCUGCGCCUCCCCCCGGCCCGCGCCCGCCGCUACCGCCACCACCGCCACCGCCGCCGCCAUGGACAGCGACGAGGAGACGCUGGAGGAGAUCGUGGAAGGACAUCUAGAUGAUGAUGGGCUGCCACAUGGAUUCUGUACAGUAACCUAUUCAUCAACAGACAGAUUUGAAGGAAACUUUGUGCAUGGAGAAAAGAAUGGCCGYGGCAAAUUCUUCUUUUUUGAUGGAAGCACCCUUGAGGGGUACUACGUUGAUGAUGCCCUGCAAGGCCAGGGAAUCUACACCUAUGAGGAUGGAGUGGUCCUUCAUGGCACCUACGUGGAUGGAGAGCUGAAUGGCCCAGCCCAGGAGUAUGACAGUGAUGGCCGGCUGAUAUUCAAAGGGCAAUAUAAAGACAACAUCCGCCACGGAGUGUGUUGGAUUUAUUACCCGGAUGGAGGCAGCCUUGUGGGAGAAGUGAAUGAAGAAGGGGAGAUGACUGGAGAGAAGAUAGCCUAUGUGUAUCCUGAUGGAAAGACUGCAUAUUCUGGAAGGUUCAUAGAUGGAGAAAUGAUAGAAGCAAAACUUGCAAUUCUGACAGCUGUUGAGGAUGGGAAACCUCAAUUUGAAGUAGUACCAGGCAGCCCAGUAUACAGUUUUGACAAAUCUACUUCAUCCUGCAUUUCUACAAAUGCCCUUCUUCCUGAUCCUUAUGAGUCAGAGAGGGUGUAUGUGGAUGUCUCUCUCAUUUCCAGUGCUGGAGAAGGAUUGUUUUCAAAARUAGCAGCAGAAGCCAGUACAGUGAUGUCCUUCUACAACGGAGUGCGAAUUACACACCAGGAGGUAGACAGCAGAGACUGGGCCCUCAAUGGAAAUACAAUAUCCCUGGAUGAUGAAACAGUCAUAGACGUGCCAGAGCCCUACAACCAUGCUGCCAAGUAUUGUGCCUCGCUGGGGCAUAAGGCCAACCAUUCCUUCACUCCUAACUGCACCUAUGACCCAUUUGUUCAUCCUCGUUUUGGGCCCAUCAAGUGUAUCCGUACCAUCAGAGCUGUGGAGAAGGAUGAGGAAUUGACAGUGGCUUACGGGUACGAUCACAACCCUGUGGGGCAGAACGGACCAGAAGCACCAGAGUGGUACCAGCUGGAACUGAAAGCUUUCCAGGCUGCCCAGCAAAAAUGACAUGGGAGCGCCUUCUGCAUUCAGCAAACUGAAACAGAAACUUGGAUCUAUGCACUACCUUUAUACUGAAAACUGGACAACCAGGGAUUGUUCAUGCUGUUGCAUCAUAACUUUGCAUUCUGUGUUAAGAGAUAAGUUUCUUGCAUACUAACUAGGUUUGACUGUGUUACUCAUAGCAGAUUUAAAAAUUAGCUAACGUUGCACCAGUCUUAUCUGGAGAAAUUAUUUAAUAUUCUAUACAAGAUGUGAUAUUCUUUGAUAGCUUCUGCUUUUGCACUAUAUGCAAAGAGGCCAAAAGACUAGAAAGAAACUAAAAUGGGUAUAUCGUUCACUUUUCGUCAGCAGACUUAGUGUUGCUCUCUAUCUGCCUAGGCAUUAAUGUGCAACUGCAUUUUGCAUAUAUGCCACUUGUGAUGGUAACAGUAAUAUUUUGAUAUUCUCUAAUAGUAGCAUAAUUUUGCCUUUUUAAACCUUUGAUCUGAAUCUUGCAAUAGAGCAGUUUAUUUAUUAGCAUAUAGGAGGCUGGGUUUUAACUCCCCUUUCCUCUUGUCUGAACAUUGUUCUUUCUACAAAUCCUCUUUUGCAGGAGAAAAUCCUUUCUUACUAGUGGAAAGGCUUGUGUGUGUGUGUGAGAGUGCUGUGUGUUGGUCUCUGUGGCUCUCUAAAUAGUAUAGCAACAUGUCCAAACCUAAUAUUUAUCUAGCCUUUAYGGCUGACUUAUUUAAUUUAUUAUUAUGACAUGCAAAUGAAGCUGUUCUUUGCAUGAAGAUUUUCUGAAAAGGAGAAAGUAGAUUUGCUUUUUGAAGGACUUUCAGAAGUACAUGUUCUGGAAGGCAAGUACAUUACUUGCAUCAGUGUUCAUGAGUUGRUUUGUGUAUUUCACCUGUUCAAGCAGUUCUCAAGGCAGAAAUGCUUGAAUCUCCCAUGGAUUCUCUGAAAGGAGGUGCAUAUAUUUGGGGGCAGGCUGUAGUGUUUGGUGAAAGAGAGCUGUUACUUUUUCUAUGUGUUCGCUUGACAAAACAAUAUAGCCUUAUAGCCAUCUUUUAGUAGUCUUGGUUUAAGACWCAAUGAAUUAGUAUAGUAUGAAGUAUCAAAAUAAGACUUUUUUUAAAAGAAAAGAUAUUAAAAGAUUGUUUUUGAAAGACAAAUAAUGAAUGUACAAACAUCACUCGAUGCUUAUAUUUAGAAACAGCAGUUUUGUUGCAGCCAGCAGUGAGGGUUUGUGAAUAUUCAGCUGCAGGGCUAUGUUCUGGGGUUUUCAGGGGUAGGGAAAUUGUGCAGUUUUUCAGAUACUGUACUGGUCUUGACUAAUGCUGUAUAAGAGAGAAAUAAUAUAUUGUCUUGGUCUGGAUACUGGAACCUUUCUGGGACUYUGAUGCUCUCUUUUGGGUUUAGCAGCUUAGGAAAAACUCAAAUGCAUUUGCAACACUUUCUUUAAAUGUUUGUAGUUUUAAAAGGUUUGUAUAUAUGUAACAUAAAUUAUUUGGGAAUCGGACCUACCUAUCUAUUGCAACACAUUUUGGUCGCUUGCCUGAACUGUUGGAGGUGUGUGGCUGUUUGGGGAGCUGGGCAGAGAGAAUGUGUUAGGUACCUGCAGGUGGAAGGAUGAAGUUGCUGUUGUGUGCAGUCUGAGAAUCCUUUCUUUGGUACCUGAGCAUAAGAACCUGGGGCUCUGUUGAGUCCCUGUGGCUGCUCACAAACUUYUUCCAGCACCUCACCAUUUCAGCCUCUCAGAAGCUACUCAAUGCACAUGCUGGGAUGGGGAACAGGCAGACUCAGGGCACUGUGGCACUUUCAGCAGUGAUCUGCUCGUGAGCUGURACGCCUCCCAUCUCCUCAUGCUGGACACUCGGGUUGCAGCUCCAUGUCUUGUCCAAGGCAGAGGUGACAGCUCAGGGAUUCACGUGAAUGGGCUGAGACUAAACAACCUCACAGGUGAGGGAGAGUUGGCAAAGGUCAGUCAACAGCUCAGCUUCAGCAAAUGAUACUCAAAAAGAAAUAUGCAUGACAUGAUCUUUCCUUAUAUCCCCCCAGGUUGGUACUUUAGGUCAUCAGCCCCUUGCAGGAAAGCCUCUGGUAGGGAGCCCUCUUGUAUCUUGGGGAUUAUUCUGCCAGGACCAUGAAGUUUGCAAAGUUGAGGCUUGAAUUUAAGUGCAGGGAAGRGAAGAAGGAAGAUGUGAUUGAAUCCUACUGGAAAUGGCCUCCUUCCAAAAUCUUGAUAACCUGCUUUGGACUGCUGGCCUCUCUGUGCUUGCUGGGGAAUUGUCCUUAAAAUGUUCUGAUCUGUAGAGCACCUUUGCCUUCAUUCCUGAUCAGUCCCUGAUUCCUCUGCUAUCUCCUCUUYGUGUGAAGUUGCUUAUGUUUUAAUAGAUUGGUCAGUCUUCAUAUUGCCUGAUUUUGAGAUAAAUAGAAYAUAGGUGCUCUUGGUGCAUCAGGCUUGAAGAUUGUAACCUGGAAAAUAGGGAAAUUCUAGGGGAAAAAAAAAAAAAGGCACUGAAGUAUCCUGUGUCUUCUUGAAAAAUUUGAUGACAGUCAAGCAGAUUCUUUUGCACAUGUGUGUAGCCUGGUUGCAUGCCACAGCUGUGGCUCUUGUCUCUGUUAGCUCUCCUGUCCUCAGCUUUGUAAAAUUUGUUGGUCCUUUUAAAGCUCCCUUCUUCAGUGACCAACCUUCUAUAAAAGUUGCAAUUAUGAAGCUGCUUUGGCUUGAUUCAGGACCAAGCCUUUAAACUCUUGUUUUCUCUUUCUUGCUGGUCUCUUAGAGUGGAGAUGGCUGGGAUGGCUUUUGCCACUGGGUGGUGAAAGGGGUCAGUGUGUCUUUCAGAAGUGUGCAUUGGCAGCCCCUCAUUCAAACACAGGUUAGUUACAGAGCUCCAAAUAAUGCCUUAAUUUGGUCAGUGUGUUGCAGCUCAGUUUCUGGGGCUCACUAGGGAACAAGACCAGCUUCACAAAGCUCCUCAUUGGUAGUGUGAUGACAUAUUCACACAUGAGACUCCCACCCAACCACAUUUUUCAUUUGGGGCAGAGGAAGCAUCACCUGGCACAGCAAUCUGCUCAGAUCUGUGGUUACAGCUGACUACUGGUGAAUAUGCAGUAAGUGAAGAAGCUCCACUUAUCGUGACCUGGCCAAAGACCUUUCUUGUCAGCCCAGAAACUGAGAGGAGAGCUGAUGCCUGUCAGCUGAGCCUGGGUGAGCAGCUGGCUCUCAGGAUACCUAGUGUGACUAAAGAAUAUCAUAGAACCACCUACAAUUGCUGCUUUUUUCAGGUACAGAUCAGUUCCCAACAUCUGCCUUUURGUCUGCAGUACUGCAUGUAGCUCCUGUGUUUGGGAGGGUCACUUGACCUCCUUUAUGAGAGGCCUGUAUUUCCCUGUCUUAGAGGCUGCUGAUUGUCUGUAAAAAAAAUAAUUCUGAAGUGGAUCUUCCUGCAAUGGCAGCACAGGRUUUUGUCACCAAGAAUACAGAAGCCUUUUUUUCUGAAGAAGUGGCUAAUCUUGAGARCCUGAAAAGUUGCAGCUGAGAGCUGCCUGCUGCUGGGGUCACUCCUCUGCAUAAAAARCAAAAAGAAAAGGGCUUAGGCUGUGGUGGAGGUGUCUGAAGUUUAGUCUUAUGCUAUAAUUUUACUUCUGGGGAUCUACCUGGUUUUCUUUCAUAAAUCUGAAAAUCUGCUUUUUUUUCUUUUUUUUUAAAGUAAUUACAAAAAACCUACACAAAUACCUGUAAAUCUUGAUUGUUGAAAAAGUUAAAGGAAAUACGUGGAAUUGGCUUUCCAGCAGUGAGAGCUGUGAGUGCUUUUGACCAUUCCUUGUCGCAAUACUUGAUAGGAUGGCCCGUGCUUUUAAUCAGGUACAGCUCCUGGGCAGAUUUUGGGAGCUUUGGGAGGCCGUGGGGUGAGGUUGCAUGUUUUGGGAGCAGCUAGGCAGGCUUCUCCUUKGCACAGCCUUUCCAGAUGCAGAAACAUUGCACACAGAUGGCAGUGG